AUGGCGCGUAACUCCGAAAAGGCCCAAUCGAUGCUCUUCCGCUUUCGCGAGCAACAAGCCGCAGACCUAGGAAUCAUCGACGCAGGACGUACCCGUCGUCCCAAGGGCAUCACAGAAAUAACUUCCAUCCCAUCCUGCGAAAAAUGGCGCGGUCAAGUCCUCAAAGAGAUAUCUCGCAAAGUGACAAAGAUCCAAGACCCCAGUUUAUCGAACUACCAAAUUCGCGAUUUGAACGAUGAAAUCAAUAAAUUGAUGAGGGAGAAACAUAUGUGGGAGGUUCAAUUGAAGAACUUGGGUGGGCCGAAUUAUAUGCGGUUUGCUGGGAAGGCGACAGAUGAGAAUGGGAGGGAGAUACCGGGGCAUAAAGGAUAUAAAUAUUUUGGGAGAGCGAGGGAGCUACCUGGUGUCAAGGAACUAUUUGAAGAGCUGAAGCCGAAGAGGGAUACGGAAGCUGAUGAAGCUAAGAAGAGAAGUUUGGCGGAGAUUCGCAGGAAUGUCGAUGCGAAUUAUUAUGGGUUUAAUAGGGACGAGGAGGAUGGGACAUUACUAGCUUAUGAGAAGAAGAAAGAGGAGGAGAGCUUGAAAGCUAUUGGGAAGACAGGCGAAGGAGAGCCGCCGGCUGGGUGGGAAGCUUUGUCAGGAGAGAUAAAGGUGCCGACGAAGGAAGAAGUUAUGGGAUUUUUACUAGAAAGACGGAAGAAGAAGUUGUUGGAUGGGAUUUUUUAG